GACAGAGUGCUUCCAGCCCACUGGAAAGGAGACAGCAGCAGCAAUAACAACAACAGCAGCAGCAGCAGCAGCAGCAGCGAUGCUUUGCCGGAUGCACCUCGCACCAUUCGCCUCCAGCUCCCUGGCCAGCCGGCUGGGCACAGUGAGGACCCUCUGGCCACAUGCAGAGACCAUCUUCACCGAGCUGCAGCAGGAGAUGGAGAAGGCUCGGGAGUUCAUGAGCAGCUUCGAGCAGCUCCUGAGCAACCACGGAGCCAUCGCCGCGGAGACAACCCCGAGCAGCAGCAUGACCCUGACCCAGGGCUCCGGGGACGGCUUCUCUGUCUGCCAGGACGUGAAGAACUUCGCUCCUGAGCAGCUGUCGGUGAAGGUGGUGGGCAGGAAGGUGGUGCUGGUGGGGCAGAAGGAGACGCAGAAUGUCGAUGAGAAGGGCUCGUUCUCCUACAAGUACGAGGUGCUGAAGCGGGAGUGGGACGUGCCCGAGGAGGUGGAUGCCGAAGCGCUGACCUGCUCCCUGUCCAAGGACGGGCAGCUCCGCAUCGAGGCCCCCAAGCUGGCGCUGCCGGCCGCUCCCGAGAGGAACGUGCCCAUCCAGGUCAGCCCUGCUGCCCCACAGACCGGCCCAGCUUCUGAGGAUGGAGCCACCAACAAAGCCCAGGCGUAACAGGAUGGGACCCCAUGGCCACGGCCAUAGGACCGGAGCAGACAGGAGCAAGUCUCCGGUUUAAGCCCAGACAAGCUCCGUCAGCAAUGAUGUCAAUUUUUUUCACUAAACUGGAAUGUUUUUGUAUCCAAUAAAAAUACUUUUGCAUUGAA